GAAAUAGAGCGUGUAACAUCUGUAAAUAAGUGUAUUUUAUGUGGAAAUGUUGUGUUGUCGAAGCUUCAAACAUCUGGCGAGAGAAGGAUGUGAUUCUGAAUCUCAGCGAAUAAUGAUGUGAAUGAUGCGGCAUCCUUUAUUUCAAACAAGACACACAGGAGAAUCAAGGCUCUGCCUCCAUGCUGAGAUGUGUGCUAGCGACCCGUCCGAUAGGCUGAGCUUGCUCUCUUUACCAUGUAACUGCAAAAAGAAGAAUGCUUUAUUCCUCCACUAGUCUGCCUGUGGCUUCAGGGCCGCCCAGCGCCACCCUGCCCCCCCCACCGAGGGCGCUGACCCAGCCAGCGGGUACAAGAGCCAUGGAGAACUCCUCCGCUAAAGCCAACAGCUCGCUGGAGCUCCGGACUCUAUCGGGAUACGUAACGCCUCCAGCUGUCGGGCCGGACCCGGUUCAGGGCCUGAACCUGCCCCUUCAGGUGUUCUUCGGGUCGGUCAUCAUCUGCGUGCUGCUGCUGGCCUUCCUCGGAAACAUGGUGGUCUGCGCCAUGGUUUACCAGAGAGCCGCCAUGCGCUCCGCUAUUAACAUCUUACUGGCCAGUCUCGCCUUCGCCGACAUGAUGCUAGCGGUCCUCAACAUGCCUUUUGCCCUGGUCACAAUGGUGACCACGCACUGGAUCUUCGGAGAGGUGUUUUGCCGCGUGUCAGCCAUGUUCUUCUGGAUGUUCGUGAUGGAGGGCGUAGCGAUUUUGCUGAUCAUCAGCGUGGACCGUUUCCUAAUCAUCGUUCAAAAGCAGGACAAGCUAAGUCCACGCAGGGCCAAAGUGUUAAUCGCAGUCUCGUGGUCUCUGUCUUUCUGCUUCUCUUUCCCUCUUUCCGUUGGCCAUCCGGCCCUGGACAUCCCCCCCAGAGCACCACAGUGUGUUUUCGGGUACACGGCGGACCGGGGCUACCAUGCCUACAUGAUGCUGAUAAUGCUGGUGUUCUUCUUCGUACCGUUCCUGGUGAUGCUGUACACGUUCAUGGGCAUCUUGAGCACACUCCGCCACAACGCGCUCCGCAUCCACUCCCACCCGGACUCGGUGUGCCUCAGCCAGGCCAGCAAACUGGGUCUGAUGAGCCUCCAAAAACCCUUUCAGAUGAACGUCGACAUGAGCUUCAAAACACGUGCCUUCACCACCAUCCUCAUUCUGUUCUCGGUGUUCACCGCAUGCUGGGCUCCGUUCGCCACCUACAGCCUGCUGUCCACCUUCAGUCGCCCCUUCUACUACAGGCAGAACUUUUUUGAGAUCAGCACGUGGCUGCUGUGGAUUUGCUACCUCAAAUCAGCUCUGAAUCCUCUGAUCUACUACUGGCGUAUCAAGAAGUUUCGCGACGCCUGCCUUGACCUGAUGCCCAAGUACUUCAAGUUCCUGCCGCAGCUGCCCGGCCACACGAGGAGGCGGAUCCGCCCCAGCGCCGUUUAUGUGUGCGGGGACCAUCGCUCCGUGGUGUAGUGGAGGACCUCUUUUAACCCUGAAGCGUCUUUUGUAAUUCGUAUGGUACAAUCCUAUCAGGCUGUGAUAUGUUUGGUCUUUCUUAAAACUGCAGGAUGUUUUAGCUGUAAAAGAUUGUACAGAUGAGAAGCCUGUACAGUUAAACUACUUUAAUUGCACAAUGUUUUUUAUAGGGUUUAGAAUUUACUAGACGUUUGUUCAGUACAUAUCAGUCAGGUGCUGCUAUAUUUGGUGAAAAUGUGCAAUCUUCUGUUUAAUGCCAUUGAAUGUUAUAUUUUGUGUGCUGUAUUUGUUUUUUUUUCCUGGCUUUGUGAUCCGGUUUACACUUUAACAUUUUUUAAUUUUGUUAUUAAUUGUUCAGCUAUUCCUUUUUUUUCUUCUUUUUUUUUUUAGGGCUGCACCGCUUAUGAAAAUUUUGCCCUAUACCGAUAACUGACAAUACUUUAUAUUUGAAAGCCGAUAACCGAUAUAUUGGCCGAUAAAUGCAAAUCCAAAUCCAAAUUUUUAUAUAGUUUUUGAGAGCCUGAUUACAAAAAACAAAAGUCUCACCAUUAAAAGCCAUGUCCCAAGCACUUUAACAUAAAUCAAACAUA